GUUUUUUUUAUUUUGAGAAGGUCAACUUUUUCAAGUAGAGAGAGAGUUGAAAGAUCGGCGAGACGACGGUCCGGAGAGCGGUCGGGGUUCGAGUUUCGAGGAUGUCUUUCUGGCGAAUUUCGUUCCUGCUGGAAAGGGCGAGGAAGGCCAAGGAGAUCAUGUUCGACAGACACCUGUUCCUGACUAACGUCUCUAUUUCCGUGACCCUCUCCGGUGUCGGUGACCUGAUCGUUCAAAGUUACAGGAAACACCACGGCAAGUGCAAAGAGAUCGACCUGACCAGGACGAAGAACAUGUCGCUGACCGGCGCGACCGUCGGUGUCCUCUGUCACAACUGGUACAAGUACCUGGACGUCUGGCUUCCGGGUCACACUGUCUCGAUGGUCUUGAAGAAGGUGGUCGUCGACCAGAUCGUCUUCUCGCCCGUCAUGCUCACAGCUUUCUUCCUCACCCUGGGUGUUCUCGAAAAGUCUUCGUGGAAGACUAUAAGAAACGAAUUGGUCGAAAAGGGAAAGAUACUGUACAUGGCAGAGUGGGUCGUAUGGCCCCCGGCUCAAGUGAUCAAUUUCUACCUACUACCGACAAAGUAUCGGGUCCUAUACGACAAUACCAUAUCUCUCGGAUAUGACAUAUAUACGUCACAUAUCAAAAAUGACCUCGAUCCAGAUGGUAAAUGACACUCGAUGUUAAAAAAAUCUCAUUGUGUCAAAGUACUUACAAUAUUUGAUCUGUGAUAUUUGCCUUACGAGUUGUACAUAAAUCACAUAUUGAAUAUGUAUUUAAAAUUUGAAUAAAUUAUUUUUAUCGAGGAA